AUGCUACAAUUGAGGCUCUCUUUUGCAGUAACAAUGUUAUCCUAUUUUGAAUAUCUACGUACGUAUCUCUUCUUCAUGCGGAUCCCGAGGACAAAUGAAGUUGAAACACAUGUACGUAUAAGGUCAUAUGUAUAUUCACAUACCGCGGAGUGCGUUGCCCCAGGAAAGUGUCCGUGGAGUAAUCGUUACCCUGUCGGUGUCUUAACCGGUACUGCGCCGCUGUUUAGAUCUAUCGUAUUUUCAAGGGGUUUAACUCUCCGCAAACGCUCAGCAAGAAACAAGGGGGGGCGGGGGAGAGACAAACAAAGAGACAGAGAAACUAAGGAAGGGGAAGGGGUCCUCUUUUCCGCGGAAUCAGUCAACAACAUCGCCAAUGCGCAGCGACACACAGUUUCCUCGAGCAAACUCCUCUGUUUUUGUUUCUAUUCCUGUUCCACCCCGGAACGCCCCAGCCAUUUCAUUGCAAUAGGAUAA